AUGUCGAAACGGAAGCGCGUUGUGCUCACCUUCCAGCAGAAACUCGAAAUUUUGCAGCAGCUGAACGAAGGGACAAGAGGCUCAGUUUUGGCCAAACAGUACGGAAUUGGCACUUCCACCAUCUCGGACAUCAAACGAAACGCUGACGCAAUCCUGAAGUUUGUCUCGAAUUUAGACUGCGAAAACCAAAUCUCUGAGAAAAAGACGAGGAAAACGGCGCAAAACACCGAUCUCGACUCGCUCAUCCAUCGCUGGUACCUUGAAGAAAGGAAGAAAGGUGGGGUACCACUAGAUGCGACCAUUUGUGCCAAAGCACUAGAAAUCAACAGCCAGUUGAGAAAUGGGAACCAAAGUUUCAAAGCGAGCAGUGGUUGGUUGAGACAUUUCAAAAACCGACAUGGGAUUAAAGACAAGGAAGCAAAUGACGAAGAACCGGUGAAUGUGGGCAAACAAUUGCGGAAUUUCUUCAAGAGAGGGGGGUUCACCCAUGAGAGCAUCUACAACGUGUGUGAUAGUGUCCUGUUGUGGAAAAGUCUGCCAAACUGUGAUAAGAAAUCAGCUGUUAAAAUUAUAGCUUGUGCUAAUGCGAACUCGGCUCACAAGUUGCCUCUUUGUGUCGUAGGACCUGAACGGAGGUGUGCAACCAACGAUGCGAUUUUCUACAAACAUCAGAGUCCUGAAAUUGAUUCGACAAUGUUUGAGGAAUGGUUCGAGGACAUUUUCGUCCCUCUUGUGACCCAAAGACAGCAAAAUACAGGCAAUGUUGGUAAAAUCCUCCUUGUGAUGAACGAUUCAUUGUGGCAUCCACCUCGCGAAACUCUAGUCAAAGACCGGGACAAUUUCGAAGUGUUUGUAGUACCUGAAGACUCAUUAACCCAACCAAUGGAUCUAGUAAUGAAUCAACUGAAGACCAGCUAUCGGAAACACCUCCUUGAAUUGCUACUUUCAAAGUCACCGUGUCCUGUGAAACAAUUCUUGGAAGAAUUCGCUCUAACGGAAAGUAUUUCAGUAAUCAGUAAAGCGUGGGAUUCCAUUCCCAGAACAGACAUAGUGCAAUCCUGGACAAGGUUAAUAUCGGACGUAAGGAAUGAAACCGAGCUGAACCAUGACGGCAUAGUGGAAAUAGUUGCAAUAGCUCGAAAGAUUACCGGAUUAGAAGAAACCAACUCAAUGGAGAUAACCCAAUGGCUCGAAAGCGAUAAAGAGUUUUGUUACGAUUCAAUCGAAUACGAAGAAUUUCAUUUCGACGACGAAGUCACCGACGAACCCUCGAACAUCGAAGCCUACCAAAGUCUUGAGACUGCAAUUCGUUGGUUCCGCAACCAAAAUGAGUGCAAUAAUGUGCAGUUGGCCACUCUGGAAAAUUUACGCGAUCUGGCUGCUGCCAAAGUGUGUGUGAAAAGGGAAACGUAA